AUGGCAGCAUCAGACUCAACCGAGUCCCCACCUCGAAUCGAACCUUGCUCCGAUCACGGCGAUCAGGACCAAAAUCAUACAGAUGCAACUCUGUCUACUGAGCCAUAUCGCGAUGAUAUAUCGUCACAACCCAGUCUGGCCGAAUAUGAGCCGCGUCCUAUUGACGAAAGCGAGGAUGCUGCCGCCGCUGCUGAGCGACCCCGCCAAGCGUGGAAGGCUCGAUUGCGCCUAAUUUGGCUGCGCAACAAGGGCAUGUUCCUCGUUUUGAUGGCCCAGGUGUUUGCUGCAUCUAUGAAUGUGAUGACCCAGGUCCUGGAGAUUCAAAGUGGCAUGCAUCCAUUCCAAAUUCUCUUCGCUCGUAUGUCCAUUACGGCCGUUGCUAGUUACCUCUACAUCUGGUACGCGAAGAUACCUGCCCCAUUGGGUACGAGGCCAAUUCUGCCAUUUCUAGUCCUGCGGGCUGUGUUAUGUAGCGGUUUCUUUGGCGUUUUUGGAAUGUACUGGUCAGUACAGUACCUGCCCUUAUCUGAAGCAACGGUCAUAACAUUUUUGACCCCGAUCGUCACAUGCUACACAUGCUCUUGGUUGAUUCCCGGCGAGAGAUUCUCACGACGUCAACAACUAGCAGCAGUUGUAUCGCUUAUAGGAGUCGUGCUCAUUGCUCGACCGUUCUCAGUAUCUGGCCAAAAUGCUGCCAUGACGGUUCUUGGGGGUCCUAGCGAAGUGGACUCGUACCACCACAUACUUGCAACGAUUGUAUCGUUCCUGGGUAUGUUAGGUGGCGCUGGAGCAUAUACUAUGAUUCGCUUGAUAGGCAAGCGAGCACAUGCCCUGGUGAGCGUUACUUAUUUUUCCAGCAUAACGACUAUAAUAUCAGCCAUAGCUUUGGCUGCUCUGCCCAGCGUGCCAUUUCGCUUCCCCAAAACUCCGCUUGAGUGGGCGCUCCUGGCGGGACUGGGCACAUGUGGAUUCUUAUGCCAAUUUCUCUUGACAGCUGGGUUAUCAUAUGUGCCACCGGCUUCUGCAAAUGUUGGCCAGGGAGGCCAAGGCUCGCGCGCAACAUCUAUGGUGUACACGCAGGUGCUGUUCGCCUUGUUCUUUGAUAAAGUUAUCUGGGGUAGUACUUUGGCGCCUAUAAGCUGGCUAGGGUCGGUGGUUAUUCUUGCUUGUGCCAUCUAUGUGGCGACGAUGCAGGAAUCGAACAAGCCCAACCCACCCAAGGUUAUUGGUGAUGCCGAUCGAUUCAAGGAUGUGGAUGAGGAGGCAGUGAUUGCACAAGAAUAA